AUGGAGAAAUUGCAGCAAUUCGUUGGCUAGGAUUACGAUUCAGUAAUUAAAUCUCUUAUUUCUUAGAAAAGGAUAUACAAAUAUGUACAACAAAUAUUAUAAAUGGAGAUAGAUUAGCGUAAGAGAUGA